AUGAAGUUCACUGCUGCUCGCGCCGUUGUUGGCGCUGCCGUCGUUGGACGUGCCGCUGCCACUGGGCUGGUCAGCCUUCCCAUCAACCUUUGCCUCGGAAUCCUUGGCGACGUUGACUGCCACCAAAAGGCCGACUCCAACGGCCUCGUCAACGUCCCCCUUGACCUCUGCCUCGGUGUCCUGGGCCACGCCAAGUGCAACCAGCAAACUACCUCGGGCGACAAGGGCAGCUCCGGCAGCCUGGUUAACAUUCCCAUCAACCUCUGCGCCGGUGUCCUGGGCGAUGCCGAGUGCAAGCAGAAGUCGUCGUCCGGCGGCCUUGUUUCCGUCCCCGUUAGCGCCUGCGUCGCCGCCCUCGGUGAGGCCAAGUGCAACCAACAGACCACUGGUGGUGACAAGGGCAGCUCCGGCAGCCUUGUCAGCAUUCCCAUCAACCUCUGCGCCGGUGUCCUGGGCGAUGCCGAGUGCAAGCAGAAGUCGUCGUCCGGCGGCCUUGUUUCCGUCCCCGUUAGCGCCUGCGUCGCCGCCCUCGGUGAGGCCAAGUGCAACCAACAGACCACUGGUGGUGACAAGGGCAGCUCCGGCAGCCUUGUCAGCAUUCCCAUUAACCUGUGCGCCGGUGUCCUUGGUGAGGCCGAGUGCAAGCAGAAGUCCUCCUCCGGUGGCCUCGUUUCCGUCCCUGUGAACGCUUGCGUCGCCGCCCUCGGCGAGGCUAAGUGCAACCAGAAGACCACCGGCGGCGACAGCGGUAGCCUCGUCAGCAUUCCCAUCAACCUCUGCGCUGCCGUCCUCGGCGAGGCUGAGUGCAAGCAGAAGUCCAGCUCUGGUGGCCUCAUCUCUGUUCCUGUCAACGCCUGCGUCGCUGCUCUUGGCAAGGCCAAGUGCGACCAGGAGACCACUGGCAACAACGGCGGUCUCGUCAACAUCCCCGUCAACGUCUGCGCUGCUGUCCUCGGUGAGGCCGAAUGCAAGCAGAAGACCAGCUCCGGUGGUGGUCUCAUCACUGUCCCUGUCAAUGCUUGCGUUGCUGCCCUCGGCGCUGCCAAGUGCAACCAGGACUCCAACGGUGGUGAUGGUGGCCUUAUCUCGGUCCCCGUAAAUGUUUGCCUCGCUGUCCUUGGUGAAGUUGAGUGCAACCAGAAGCCCAAGACUGGUGGCGGCCUCGUCGACGUUCCUGUCAACGUCUGCAUUGCUAUUCUCGGCAAGGCCAAGUGCAACAACAACCCUACUGGCACCACCUCUGCUCCUGGCUCUUCUUCCACCACCUCUGCUCCUGGUUCUUCUUCCACCACCACUUGCUCUACUACCGGAACCGGCUCUUCUACUGGCACCGGCUCUACCUCCACUGGCCCUGCGGGCUCUUCUUCUACCGGCACCGGCUCGACCUCCACUGGUCCUGCUGGCUCGUCUACUGGCACCGGUUCUUCCAGCACCGGCCCUGCCGGCUCUUCUUCUACUGGUCCUGCUGGCUCCGGAAGCACCACUGCUGCUUCUACCACCGGCACCGGCACCGGCACCGCUACCCUUAGCACCUCGACCGUCUUCAGCACCUCCAUCAUCACCGUCACCCACUGCGCUCCCACGGUGACCAACUGCCCUGCCUCUUCCACAGUUACCACCCACACCGUUGUCCCUGUCACCACCGUCAUCUGCCCCGUUGGCAGCGGCUCCACUGGCGUUCCCACUGGCCCUGCUACCGGUGUCCCUACCGGCACUGCCACUGGCGUUCCUACUGGUCCUGCCACUGGUGUCCCUACCGGUCCCGGCGGUGCUUCCACUGGUAUCCCUACCGGCCCCGGUGGCGCUUCUACCUUCACCACCGUCCCUGUUGGCAAGCCCAGCGGCUCCGCCCCUGGCAACCCUUCCCCCAGUGGUAACCCCAACCCGGGCAAGCCUGCUCCUGGCAACCCUGGUGCUAACCCCUCGGGCUCCGUUCCCGUCGGUUCUUCCAAGCCCAGCGGUCCCGGUGGUGCCGUCCCUACCGGCCCCUCCAGCCCCUCUAAGCCCAGCGGCCCUGCUGGUGGUGCCAACCCCUCGGGCGCGGUUCCUACCGGUCCUUCCAAGCCCAGCAGCCCUGCUGGCGGUGCCAACCCCUCGGGUGCUGUCCCUACCGGCCCCUCCAAGCCUACGAGCCCCGUUACCGCUGGUGCUGGUCGCGUCGAGCUUUCUGUCGUUGCCGUCCUCGGCAUGGCCCUUCUUCUGUAA